AAUGUAUUGCUGGAAUUUUGUUCUGGUAGUUGCACUAUGUAAUUUCGCUAGUUGACCUGUUGCAGGAGAAUACCGAGGUCCAGUAACUGUGGAGGAAUCACUGGUGCCAAUCGGAGCGGCUGCAACGAUUCACUGCGAGACCAUUACUCAGCAAUAUUCACUGGACUGGCGUAAAGAUCUACGACCGAUUGCGGAGUGUGAACGAAUUGUGAAACAAGAUGCAGCUGAUGGAUUUGAACACAGUCUCACCAUUUAUAGUGUUCGAAAAAGCGAUGAAGGCGAGUAUGGCGUUGUCAUCAAGGAUUCAUACACAGCGGUCACGAAAAUUACCGUCGUCGGUGAGCAACUGUAUUCAAAAAUGGCGUUUUAAAU